UAAUCUCCUAUAGAUAUUCAUAUCGAUUUCUCUUUCUUUUUUGUUUUUCGUUUUUCACUUCUUGGGUAAACCAAGACCCCAAGAUCAGAGAAAGAAGAGAGGAGGGAGGAGACUUCGAUGAUAUAUGCCUCCAUUACUUCUCUUAAUGGAGUCAUCGGUGUAGUCUCUCUUUUCUUCGGAGUUUGGAAUUCCGGUCGAAGAUCAUCGACCUUGGAAUUUCAGCUUGUUCGAUCGAAUCCCAACGAGUGGAACUAGAAGCGUAGCUGUAGAUAAUCAACAUGGCUGGAUCAAAUGAGAACAAUCCGAGUUUGGUUAGGCCAGCCCAUUUCCAAGGUGGUCUCCGGAUGGGGGGUGGAAAGUUCGUCCCAGAGGUUGGACACCAUCGAAGAGCUCUAAGCAACAUUAACCAGAAUUUAGUGGGAGCUCCUCCGUACCCAUGUGCAGUCAACAAAAGAGGCCUAUCAGAACGACAGGCCUUAUGUGGUAAGAACCCGCCUAUUCCAGUGCAUAGGCCAAUCACAAGGAAGUUUGCGGCAGAAAUUGCAAACAAGCAGCAGCAGCAGCCUCAGCCUUGUCUUGAGCAGGAAGCUAAGCCAACCUCAUCUCACACAAAUGCAACUGCAUCAGAAGAUUGUACUAUCAUUGAUGUGGAUGACUUAAAUGAGACUAAUGACUUGCAUGUUCCGAUGUUUGUGAAGCACACUGAAGCAAUGUUGGACGAGAUUGAUCAGAUGGAGGAGGUUGAAAUGGAGGAUAUAUCAGUGGAGCCAAUUACAGAUAUUGACAGCUGUGACUCUAAGAAUCCACUUGCAGUUGUUGAAUACAUUGAGGACAUUUAUGCCCACUACAGAAAAUCUGAGAGUUCCAGCUGUGUCUCUCCAAACUAUAUGGAGCAGCAGUUCGACAUCAAUGAGAAGAUGAGGGCUAUCCUCAUUGAUUGGCUAAUAGAGCAGGUACACUACAAGUUCGAGCUUAUGGAUGAGACAUUAUUCCUCACUAUAAAUCUCAUAGAUAGAUUCUUAGCACAGCAAGCAGUGGUGAGGAAGAAGCUCCAGUUAGUUGGAGUGACAGCCAUGCUAUUAGCUUGCAAGUAUGAAGAAGUUUCUGUUCCUGUUGUGGAGGAUUUAAUUCUAAUAUCAGACAAGGCCUACACUAGGAAAGAAGUUCUUGACAUGGAGAGAUUGAUGGUGAACACACUACAGUUCAACAUGUCUGUUCCAACCCCUUACGCGUUCAUGAGGAGAUUUCUUAAAGCAGCUCAAUCUGACAGGAAGCUUGAGCUUCUCUCCUUCUUCAUCAUCGAGCUUUGCCUUGUGGAGUGCGAAAUGCUUAGGUUUCCUCCAUCUUUUUUGGCUGCAGCUGCCAUCUUCACUGCUCAGUGUACUCUUAAUGGGUCUAGGCAAUGGACACAGACUUGCGAGUGGCAUUCUAACUACAGGGAAGACCAGCUCUUGGAAUGCUCAAAGUUGAUGGUUGGUUUCCAUCAGAAAGCUGGAACAGGGAAGCUCACUGGGGUGUAUAGGAAGUACAGCACAUUCAAGUUUGGUUAUGCAGCAAAGUCUGAACCUGCUGUAUUUCUUUUAGACACUAGAUCUUAAGGAUGGGGGGGGGGGUCUUUGGGUGAUUUGAAUGCUUUGUCUUGCUAAUCAUUAACUCUAUGAAUUGAAUUUCUGGGGUUGGCAUCACUGUGCAACAGAAGUUGCCAAACUGGGCUUUUGUUGUGGAAGCCACACCACAGCUGCUUAUUUUCAAAAUUUCCUUUCAGUUAUCCAAAUAAUGUACAAUUUUCUUCUUUUGUAUCUAAUAUGAGAUCUCGAAGUAUCAUUUGGUGCC